AUGCAUUUUGUAACUCCACGUUCUUCCUUGGCCACCGCCAGGGAGGAGGUGGAGCAGGUUAUGUGUGGAACUUUAGAUAAUCUGUUUUCCAGUACCAGAAUUAAACCGAAAGACAUCGACAUCGUUGUGGAGAACCGCAGCUUGUACAAUCCUACUUGUUCUUUGUCUUCCAUGAUCGUUAACAAAUACAAAUUAAGAGGUAACACCCGGAGCUUCAAUUUGGACGGAAUGAGAUGUAGCGCUGGUGUGAUUGUCAUCGAUCUUGCCAAGGAUAUGUUACAGGUUCACCGGAAUACAUACGUUGUCGUUGUCAUGUCACAACCCCAGUCGUCGGCGGUAAUGCCAGGCUGUGCAACAUUUUGGGAUGUUGGAUCUAAAGGCAAGUAUAUAGAACAAUACAUAGAAAUAUAA